AUGGCUAACAACCCCUCUUCGUUGGCCGAAGCCUGCCAUGAAAACCAGAAGGCACCAACCACCCAUUUAAUUACACUUCUCGAUCAAGUCGCCGACCAAUUCCCAGAUCAUGAUGCCAUUAUAUCCUUCCAUCAGACCAGCCUGCACUGGACCUUUGCUCAACUGCAGGAGAAGAGCAUCCAACUCGCCGCCCAUUUAUCGUCUAGAGGUGUUGGUCUUGGAAGUCGGAUCGUGACCCUUAUGUAUAACCAAGCCCAGUGGGCACUACUUUUCUGGGCAUCUGCCCGCCUGGGCUGUCAAUUUGUGCCACUGGAUCCCCGGGUGCUCGAUCGCGACGCACGGGAUAUUUUGUUUCUCCUCGAUCAGCUGGAACCAGGAGCAAUAUUUGUAUCAAACGAGGCUAUGGCGAAUCGGAUUAACCAUAUCACCAUCGAUCAUAACCAUCGCCCUUUUGUUCAAUGCGUUGUGAGCGACAAUGAAGAGACUACUGUUUCGGCCGGGUGGACGACGAUGUCCAACAUCAUGUCGGAGCCAUUAAAAGACAAGCCUUCUUUGCAUCAGCCCGGAACCCCAGAUGAUACAAUACUUAUACUGUUCACGAGUGGCACUACUGCACUUCCCAAAGGCUGUCCACACACGACCAUCUCCAUCGGUGCUCAAGGGCUAGGGUUCAUGUACGGGUUAGAACUAGGACCUGGCGCUAAUCUUUGCCAGCAUUUACCCAAUUUUCAUAUAUUCAAUAUUGCGCUUACUCUUGCGUUCUGGCUGGCUGGUGCGACUGUCAUCUUCCCAAGCUUUUCUUUCGACCCACAAAGCACCUUGCAGCUCAUCAGAUCCUAUCAACGGGUCACAGCUCCCUGUGUCCCAGCCAUGAUACAUGCUUUACUGAACUGUGCGUCGCCUCAGCACAGCUCCUGCCCUUCGUUUGAAGUUCUUCUUGGUGGUGCUCCAGUGACAUUGGACGUAGUGAAGCGCUGUAGGAAUUUGGGGGCGACAAGGAUUAUGAUAGGAUAUGGUAUGACUGAGGGUAUACCUUUUGUCAACACCUCUUUGGAAGAAAGGUCCAUGGAGCUAACGACAAGAGAUGUAUCUGUUGGGAAGGUAUUCUACGGUGGGCGAGUCCGGAUCUGUGCUGAGGGAAGCCGCAUCCCCAUUCACAAAGAGGAGAUCGGUGAGGUGCACCUCGGUGGUCUUCCAGUGUUCGGAGGCUAUCUUGGGGGGAGCAAUGACUCAUGUUAUCGUGAGGAUGGGGUGAACUGGAUAGCCACAGGAGAUCAGGGGUACAUGAACAGUGAGGGCUAUGUUUAUAUACUCGGCAGAUAUAAAGAUCUUAUUAUCUGCGGUGGCGAGAACAUAUCCCCAUUGAAAAUAGAACAGUGUUUGGGCGAGGUAGAUGGGAUAAGGGAUGUGUAUGUUGUCGGAAUUCCAGAUGCUGUUGCUGGUGAGGUGCCUGUUGCUGUGAUACGAAAAGAUCAGUCAGGCCAAAUGCCAAUGAAAAAGGCUCUUCAAACAAUGGUUUCGAAUGAACUUGGUCAAUCGUUUGCUCCAGCACGCAUUCUUGAUCUCCAAGAUGACCUUGGAAAUGAUCACUACCCAACUACAACAUCUGGCAAAAUCCAGAAAACAGUGCUUCGAGCAUGGGUAACCGAGCAUCUCAAUCAGAUCGCCGUCGACAAUCAAAUCUCUUCCGACGACCUUACAACAGAAUUAAAGACAUUGUGGUCUGGCUUAACCGGUCUGGCACCUAGAGAUAUCGAUCGAAACAUUUCUAUACGAACCUUCGCCGACAGUAUGAUGCAAAUCCAGUUUUGCCACCUGAUAAGCCAAAAGCUGCAACUGGUGAUCACGCCGAUUGAUUUGAUAAAGUUCAACACGAUUAGAAAACAGGCGAAGCUGCUCAGCGAAAGAAAGCAUCUCAAGGACUCUCAUUGUCGUGAUACAGACCAUGCUCCUCCAGCGCAGCUCGACAUGGAGCGGGUAAAAAAGGUGACCUUUUCCAAGUUGAACAACCUCGGAUUUAGAUGGGAUGACGUGGAAGAGGUCGUUCCGAUUGCAGACUGUGUGAAACGAACACACUACGGACACAGGCCAAACUCGUGGAACACCCGGAUGUCGUGGAUUGCGAGCUCAUCAAUCAGCAUCGCAGAUGUCAAGGCAGCCUUGCACACUUGGCUUCAACGUCAUCCACUUCUACGGUCCACACCUCUUUCAUACGAUGAGGAACUAGAUCUAUAUUUGAUCAUGAAUCCCAGUGAGGAUUGGAUGAAACUACAGGUUGUGGAUGGCGGUAUGGUUAAAGACAUAAACAGCGUCGAAACAUAUAGGUUGAAUGAUGCCGACUAUGACUAUAUAGAUGGGAAGGGGCCAUUGUUCAGGGCUACUAUUCUAAGUGUGGAGAGUUCAUCAGUCGUCGGAUUGGUCAUGCACCUGCACCAUCUUGUGUUCGAUGCCCACAUCCUGUUUCGAUGGUUUGAAGACCUCAAGAAUCUUCUGAAUCGCAAGGAUCAGCUUCUCUAUUUUCAUCCAUACCGUGACUAUAUCGCAGAUUACCAAGGGAAUCGAACUGGGUCAGCAGCCCGGAGAGCGGUUGACUUUCAUGUUAACAAAAUUCGAGGAGUAUCGUCUGCUACUGAUGCGUUAUGGCCACGGCAGAUUGCACCACACUGGCUCAAAGGUGAUAACCAGGGUUGGGUCCACAGUGACAACACACCAGGCCAUCCCAGCGAGCGACCCCUUCUGGAUGGAGAUAAAAGCAUUGGAACCAAGGGUAUCACUCGCGCUGUGCAUGUGCCCAAUAUCUCGGAAUUACGACACAAGUUCGCGAUAACACCGCCGAUAAUUGCGAGAUGCGCCUGCGCAUUGAUCAAUGUGCGCAUGACUGGAGCCAAAGAGGCAAUUUUUGGCCUCGUUGAAUCGGGCAGAAUCUGGCCAUCUGCAGAUGACAGUCACCCCGAGAAUAAAGGUAUCGAUAUUUUAGAAGUCGACGGGCCUACAAUCAUCCAAUGUCUCAGUCGUACAAAGAUUACACCAGACGAAAGGACAAUCCAGCUUCUAUCCAGGAUGAGCAAGGACCAAGACGAUAUUGUUUCUAAUACAUAUGCUCCUAUGGACGAAAUAUGCCGGAAGCUGGAUGAUUCAGACUGCAAAUCCUUCCUCGACGUCCUCUUCCGCCAAAGCCUCAACUGGAGGAUUGGGGGAUAUAAAGAACAUGCGUCCGAUCCAAUCAAGUUAAUCGAAAACAUUUCUCGAUCCGACUUUGGUCUUUUCUGGCUACCAGGUAUGAUGGAGGCUGAUCUGUUGCGGCUGACUGUGAAAUACGACGAUGCUCAACUUAGGGCAACCGAUGUAUACAAUAUUAUGACGGAGUUCCUGUGCGCUGUGGCCUGGCUUAGUGAUCCUGGUAAUAUGGAUAAGCCUGUGUCGCAGUGCGAGUUCCAAGGUCGUGAUAUCGUGGACCUUGAUCGCGAAGGUCCGGCUCGCUAUCGGAAGUGA